AUGAACAUCUGCCAUCGUUUGGGGCCAUCGCACAAGCUGACCAAGUCCUCGCCAGGCAACCGAAGCUGGGGCCCUAGCUGGGGAGACGCCUGGGGAGACGACCACGAGGACGAGCUCGACAGGGCCGCCGCCUGGGUCCGCGACCUGGUCGACGACGACGACUGGGAUGCGGAUCCGUACGGCCCUGCUCGUGAGGAGAUGGACGAGGACGCUCGCAGGCCGCCCGGAGGCGACGGCGCGCGCGGCGCUCCCGCCUACGAGUUGGACAUCGAGGGAGCCUUCGAGGGGCCCCGGGUCUACGAGCUGCCCGGCGACGACAUGGACACCGCCGUCAGUCCCACGCUCUGCGAGGCGCCCGGCGACGACGGGGAAGAGGCCGCCGAUUCCAAGGCCUGCGAGUGUUCGCGCGGGGGGCACACCGGAGACUCCCGGGUCAGCGCGGCGUCGGGUCGCAAAGACGACGCCGGUCCCGAGAUCCCCGAGCUGGCCGGCAGCAACGAGCGUGGAGCUCCGCGGGCUCGCGGGCUGGCCGAUGGGCAAGGGACUUCCACCCGGGCAGAGCGGGUCCGCCGAUGGGGCUUGGAGGUGGAUUUUUCCUGGGAACGCUCGUCGGCGAGGAUGUCCAGCCGCUCCUUGAGGCCUCAGAUGAGGAUUUCUAGGCGCGGCGGGGACCAGGAGCCGUUCCUGUGGGAGGGCGAGUGGAUGGGGGAUGUGGACGACUGGUCGUGGGCUCCGUGGGCUACCGAUUAG